CCGAUCCCCACCCCGAGGUCCAGGACUCCCCAUUGUCGCCUGACCCUGAUGACAGUGUGGAGGAGUAUGACUCGGAUGCCACCGUGGAGAACCUGAUACCCGGUUCUCCUGACCCGUGGGCUUUUGGACCGAGGCCAAGGCAGAGGCCUCUCAAUGACACAGCGGUUGAGGACCUUCUGCUGGGACCCUGGGAAGUGUUGGAGGCUGCCAUCACGGGUAUGCCUCUACCACCGUCUCCAUCACCGCCCCGGGCCGCAGCCCGCAGGCUCCCUCUCCAGACGAUGCCGCUUCCUCGGCCGCGGCGACUUCCGAGGAUAAGUAUCGCCCCGGCCCAGGCCCCCUCGACGUCCCGGUCCUCUGGUGGGUCCAACGUAGCGACCGUCGCCCCGGCCCCCUCGACGUCCCGGUCCUCUGCUGGGCCCAAUGUCGACUCGACCCAACCCUCUACCUCAACGGGUCGAACCGGCGCUUGUAGAAGGCCUCCUACAGCUGCAUCAGGAGUAGAUGUGGCACGGCAGAGGUUACGGGAACUGGUGCUGGACCAUUUCCUUCAAGUAUUUGUUUCGCCGGCGCACGCUCCCGUGGCGUGCACUGUGGGGGCGUUGGUUGCGAUGUCCACCCUGAGGGCCGAGCUCAGGGAUAUGCUCUGGCUCGUCGACCAUCUUCUCGACGAGACGCCCCGUGACCAGAGCCUCGUGAUAGCGUACGCGCUUUGGAGGGAAGUGCGCUCGUCGUUGGAGGGUCUGCUCAUCGGCAUCGGCGAGAGCAUGGAGUCGGCGGCCUCGAGGGAUCCCUACGACAUCGACCCUGAGGAACCGGAACCGUCGCCCCCGGCUAGGCACGUUCGCUGCUGUGUCUGUAUGGACAGAUUGCCGACGGUAGGGUUGAGGCCUUGUGGACACACUCUGUGCCCACAAUGUGCCCAUAGGCUCUUACGUUGUCCAAUCUGUCGGGUGAUCAUCCACGGGAGGAUGCCAUUGUUUUUUUCUUAAAAUUUUUAAAAUAAACAAGUUUUUUUU